AUGGCAUCCGCUCCCACCAUCUCCACCACCCGCGUCUUCUCCUGUCGUAUAUGCAAACUCUUCUUUCGAACGCGCGAUCGUCUCCUGCGACACGAAAAGACCUCCAUCGUACAUGACCGCAGAUUGAGUCGAUCGAAGCGCUUUAAGUUGGCGCCGGUGCCGGAGAGCGCGUUGGGUCGACCUUUCGAGUGUGCGGAGUGUGGUCUAGUGUACACACGAAAACACGCUUUGGAGCGUCACGUUGCCUUUGCGCACAAUGGUGAGACAGCCUUCAGGUGUGAGUUCUGCAGCUUCCACGCCCUUGAUCGAGCCAACUUUCGUCAGCACAUGUCCCGUCAUUUCCAUCUGAAGAACUUUGCUUGUGAGGUAGGUUGA